AUGGACACACCAAUUCCGACGACGACGGCUAUUGCGCUAGACGGAAUCGAGGACUGGGAACUUUGCAACGACGAUGGCUUCGUGUAUAAGCGAAGAAAGCGAUAUGAUAUCUCCGGCGCCGGAGAGACUUCGAAACCGCCGGAUCCGGAGUUAGAUCCUGCGGUAGAGGAGAGGAAUCGAAGGAUGCGGAAGAAGAGAAUACUGUUGAAGCUGAAAAGAAAGUACCAGAGAGAGAUUGAGCAGUGGGAGAUUUUGUCCAACAGCUUGAAUGCUAUGCAAGAGAAAUCAGAUCGAUUUCAAACGCCGCAGCGAAAAGAGAACACAAAUCCUAACGAAACGGUGUCGUUUCCAGAAGAAGCUGCCUCGGAGCUACUUUUCAUGGCAGAAGCACAAGAAGCGAUAAUACAGGACAUAUCAAACUUGUGUCAAGUUGCUGAAAACAUUUGUAGAAUGGAAGAAGAAGAGAAGAAGCAGUCUUUCUUUGAUCUUGACAUAUGGAGCUCACCAACGGAUCUAAUGGCUUCGCUUUGUGCCUCUGAUUAA